AUGCCCUCGCGCGCAGGGUACAGUUUCCUUAUGUACGAGCUCUUUGGAGUAUUUGCUACCAGUCUUGCUCAGCUGUGCGCAUCGCUCAUGCCAAAUAUCGAGGCCGCUUUUGCUGCUAACGGAUUCUUUUUCAUGUUCUGCAACACCUUCGCGGGAACACUUUCGCCAAAGCCGGUGACCCACCCCGGCUGGCGUUGCUACUACAAGGUCUCUCCACUCUUCUACUUAAACAAGGGCGUCGCCGUGGAUGUAUUGCAAGAUUUGCCAAUCCGGUGCGAGGAGUCGGAGAUCUUAACCUUCUACACGGUAAAUGGCACGAGCUGUGGCCAGUGUGCCCAAGACUUCCUGAAAAGCGCCACGGGAUAUCUGCUCAAUCCCACCAGCAUGACGGAGUGCCAUUAUUGUCGUUACAGUGACGGACAAUCAUACUACUGGCAAUAUGGCCAUGAGUUUGCUAAUCGGCAUCGCAAUAUCGGCAUUUUCAUCGAAUUUAUCGCGUUCAAUUUCACCAUGGUUCUAGUAAUAACCUAUCUCACUAACAUGCGCCGUCAAUGACGGAUGGUACAUUCCUGUUUGUUGUGGCUCCAGACUACAAGAGAGGGACCUGAAUUUUGGGAGUGACUUUGAUUAGAGUAGGAAAGCCAAG